CAAAUAAUUGAAAGAAUAGCUUGUCCGUAAAUUACACGAACCAUAUUAUCAUCAAUCUUAAAAAAAAAAAAAACAACAAACUACAAAGCUCCUUAAAACUUUGGUCUCAUCGGAUCUCAAAAACAUUUUUGUUCGAUUAACGUUAAACUGAUUUCUAUCAGUCACUUUUUAACAACGAUUUUCAUAUGUUUUCUUGAAAUCGUUACGUUUCGGUGAUUGGCAUCAGAUUUUGUUGCACAUUCUUUUUGAGAUCUGAUUGAUGUGGAUCGAAGAAGAAAACUAGAUUCUGAUUCGCUUUUGUGUAGCUGUGGUUAUAUAAGGAAAUUCUUGAGAUGGAUCUAUCCUCCAUUAGCGACGAGUUAGCGGAGAUAGACGGGCAGAUUAGUGAUAUAUUCAGAGCACUAUCAAAUGGGUUCCAAAAGCUGGAGAAAAUCAAAGACUCGAGUAGGCAGAGUCGACAACUGGAGGAGCUUACAGGCAAAAUGAGGGAGUGUAAGAGGCUGAUUAAAGAGUUUGACCGGGAAGUGAAGGAUGGUGAGCACAGCUAUGGUCCAGACGAGAACAAAUUGCUUACGGAGAAAAAGCAGUCAAUGAUUAAAGAGUUAAACUCCUAUGUCGCUCUCAAGAAGCAAUAUGCAAGCACUCUUGACAAUAAGCGAGUUGAUCUUUUUGAUGGGCCUGGUGGUGGCGAAGGAUAUGGGGAGGAGAAUGUUUUGUUGGCCUCAAAUAUGAGCAAUCACCAGCUGAUUGACAGUGGUAACCGGAUGAUGGAUGAUACUGAUCAAGCAAUCGAGAGGUCAAAAAAAGUUGUUGAAGACACAGUUAAUGUUGGAGCUGAAACUGCAGCAGCUCUAAAGGCCCAGACAGAGCAAAUGAGUAGGAUCGUUAAUGAGUUAGACUCGAUUCAUUUCUCGAUCAAGAAGGCUUCACAACUGGUCAAGGAAAUCGGUAGGCAGGUUGCAACUGAUAAAUGUAUUAUGGCCUUCCUUUUUCUAAUUGUUAUUGGAGUCGUAGCCAUUAUCAUUGUCAAGAUUGUGCAUCCAAAUAACAAAGACAUUCGAGAUAUUCCCGGUCUUGGUCCACCAGUCCAAAGCCGAAAACUUCUUUGGCUUCCGGACAAUGUUUAUUACAGCAAGUGAGAAGUUGACAGAGCAUAUAUUUUGAGGAGCUUAUUAGUAAAAUGAUGCAUGAGAGGUGGAUGGUUUACGUUCGUUUCUGAUUGAUAAAGCCAUUGCAGCAGCUCAAAAUGAGAAGAUUCUGAGUGAGAGGACUCAAUAAGUUGAACAUACGUAAAGAAUCUUCCGGAAGUGAUAUUUUGCCAGGGAUUGCAUAACGUUCAUUUAUAUCUGUGUUAAUUCUUUUGGUUAAUGAUGAAGUUUUACGACGUGUAUUGUGUUGGCCAUCUUUCUUCUUUGUGAUGAAUAUUUCUGAUUCUUAGUCAUUUGGUCUCCCCUUGUGGGUGUAAGGGAGACCUAAAAACACGUACUUAAAACAGUUUACCUUACAUUACGAUAUAACACUUACUGGUGUGCAUUCAUUUAUCUUUC